GGAGCUCUUUCCAUUCAAACACGAAAAUCGCCUAGAAGUUUAAACUUCGAGUCGCUUUUGUCGCUUGGCCUUUUCUUUUAUUUCGUUGCUCAAUUGUUGUUAAUUAAUUGUGUGAAAACUACAUAUUUUUGUCUGUGCGCCUGUGUUGCAAUUCGUGUAAAAGAGAGAGAGGGAGAAAAAAAGAAACAAAGCGAAAUUGUUUUAACCGAAAAACCAAAAAAACUGGCAAAUUGUUUACACCAGCAGUCUAAACAAUUCUCAAAAGUUCGCCAGACACUGAAUAUCAAAAUUCAGAGAAAAGGAAAAACGGCGAAAAACGUCUCGCGCGCAUUUUUAACUUUUUCACUCAGUGAGAGAGUCCAGGAGAAAGCAGAGAGCGGGAGAGGGAGUUGCUGAAUAAGAAAGCAGUCGCAUUCAGCAAAAGAGAGAACCACUCUUUCAAAUUUUAUCGCUCUCUGAGCACACAAAUAAAAGAGCUCCCCAGUUCGUUGUUUUUGUUUGUUUUGUGUGUUAAGUUAAAACAUUAAAAAGGCCUACAAUUUCCGAACACCUAAAAUACAUGUGUAAAUGCAAGUGAAACUCAUUAAAAGGGAAGCUGGUAAAAAGAGAACCGAAUUAACUGUUUGCACACAUGCACUCGCAUUGAAACCAGUGUUUGGGCUCUCCCAACUGUGUGUGUGUAUAUCUAAUAAGAAAAAGCAGCUGGGACCUCCACAAACAAAUUUGUCAAAUUAAACAAUCGGAAAAAGAAAAAUCAAAAGCAAAUUUUUAAACAUAUCGCUACUGAGCAUUUAAAUAUAAAGUUCAUCCAACUUCAAAUAAGAAUUACGGUAGAGAAAGAAGUCGUACUUAAUUAUCGUAAAAUCGAUAAUGAAAACUGAAACCGGCAGCAAUAAUAAUAAUAAUACUACUGGCGCCAAUAUGGAUUUCGAUAUGUAUCCAAGUAUUUCGGGCAAGCAACAGGAUCCCGUUCGCGAAGUCGUUAUGAAAUAUAUCGAUUACUUUCUGCCAGAUGCAUCUGGAACGAGUGCAGUUGCGAUUGAUAACAAAAUCGAGCAGGCAAUGGAUCUGGUCAAGUCGCAUCUCAUGAUAGCGGUGCGCGAGGAGGUGGAAGUGCUGAAGGAGCGCAUCUCCGAGCUGAUGGACAAGAUCAACAAGCUGGAGCUCGAGAACAACAUUCUCAAGUCGAACAUCCCGCAGGAGACGCUGCAGCAGCUGCAGAUGCAGCUCCAGAUCGCCGCCCCGCCGGCCACGCCCGCCAUUCAAGCGGCACCGGCGGUACAGAGUGCCGUUGCCCCGGCUGCCGCUGGUCAGGCAGUUCAGCAGCAGGCCGCUGGAGCGGUUGCGGUAGCGGUGGCGGUAACGGGCGUGGCCACCAGUCCAGCGUCCGCGGUGGUACCCACGAGCAUUCCCAACGGCAGCGCCGAGAACGGCAGCAGUGCAGUCGAGUCAGCGGUAUCGGUGGAGCAGCAGGUGCAGCAGGUGACGUCAGCAGCGGCGGCAGCAGCGGCAGUCACAGCCAACGGUCCCAUGUCCUAAGCUGUUGCUGCUGUGGCCCGAAACACAGUGUUUGUUUUUUUAAGGCGCCCACGCACACGCACCGCAGCGAGGCGAGGCGUGGCGUGGGGGGAAAUGAACGUUUUUAAGAAUGAAAACCGUAAUGUUAACUCAGCCGCAGUCUCUUUCUAAGCCGAAGGAGGCGGGGCCGAGGAGAGCAGCGAAAGUAUUAGGCCAAUAACAACAAGCAACAAGCAACGAACAGCAACAGUAACAGCAGCACCAACAUGUUAUGCUCGUGUUAGGUGUGUGUUAGGUAGACUAACCGGCGGUUAAGGACUGUUCUGUUGUUGCUGGCUGUUAAUCUGCUGCAGCCGCCGUUUUGUUAAUUUCUCGAUUGUGAUAUUUGUUUAACACACAUACAGACCAUACACACACUCACACGCAUUUCCACACACAUCCAUACGAAAUACACACACACAACCACACAGAUAGACUGCACGCUAACAGCGGCUGCGGCUGGCGCUGUUAACGUCCGCUGUUAACUCGAAGCGAGUAUAGGAGUUCUUUUUAAAUGGCGCGCUGCUGCGCCUCCACUUUUUGUUUAAUACUUUUUAUUUUUGUUUACCCGUUUGUUUCCACGUUGUUAACGCUACGAAUAAAAAAAAAAAACAUAAGAAUCAUAAACAAACACACCCAGAACACCACACACAACCACUCAGUAAGCUGGCUGCAAAAUAAUACUUGACGAAAGUAAAGUUUUUGGCCAACGGAGAGAAACAGCAGCAGAAAUACAAAUGCAAAUCGAUAAAGUGUUCUAGAGUGCCAGGGAAAACACAAAGAAAAAGAAAAAAAGGGACAGAAGGGAAAUUAAAUGAAAUAAUAUGUGAUAAUUUGCAUUGUGCAGUCAGAGACAUAAGAUGUAAAUUGUAAAAAAACAAAAGUAAACCCGAGAAGCAAAGGACAGGAAAGUAGGAUUCAAAUUUCCAAACAUUCAACAUUGAUCGAUAAAUACAAAUACAAAUACAAUUUAGUGAAACAAGAAAAGGCCAGCUGCUAUUUUUAUAAUUUACCUUUAAUUCCAACUUUUAUUGUAAAAAUACAAGAGAAAAUAUUAACUACACCAUAAAUAUGAAUAUGUUUCAAAUUAAACAAUGCGAUAACAAAACAAGUAGUAAAUUAUAGUAAUUCUAGCAUAUUCUCAAGCUAUAUUUAAAAGAUUGUAUAGCUAUUCACAAAAAAAGAAAAACAAAAAACAGAAAAGAAAGGAAACAACAGCCAAACAAAAUGAAAGCUUAUCAAAAUUGUUUGUUAAACUUUUAAACUAUCUGCAAACGAAAAACCCAAAAAUAUCUGUAAAUAUUGUGUAAAACUAAUAACUAUAUUUGAGAACAAACUUCAAAAGUCACGACGAUGAAGAUACAUUGCAAAAAGAAAAUGAAAACACACAAAAUCAACAAGAUGAAAAGCUAAAAUUGUAAGAUGAAGACAAACUCGUCCUAUUUUUGUUAUAAUUAUUUAGUCGAUAAUUUUGCAUUACUCUUAGUUUGAAAAGUCCUUAAUGUUUAUGCGAAAUCUGUUAUAGGAUUUUCCACACAUUAUCUCUUUCGUUUCACACCCCGCACUCUUAGACCGACAAACCCAAACCCAAACCCACAAGAUAAACCACGAAAAGAUGCUGAACUGCUGCAGCCAUGAGAUGGAAGUGUGAGUAACUAAAAGGGCCAAGCUCCAAAGGGGUCUCCCGCCUCCCAGAGUUGGCCCAGUCCGAAGUUGGCCGCCCUGUAGACGCCGAGUUUUGCCAUGCCCAAGUGCACUCACUCGUUUGGGGCAGGGCGUAGGAUCCUGCCCCAGAGAACACAAACUGCAGCCUGCGGAGACUCAAAUUGUCUAAGGCUAGCGUGGAUUAAACAAGGAAAUGAACAUCCAAAAUGAAAACGCAUUCAAAUGUGAAGAGAAACCAAAAAUAAUACUCCAACUCAAGUGCCGAAAACUAGCUGUCUACAGGGCAAACAAACCAAUGGAUGGACAGAUCAGAUAGACGGACAGACGGACGGACAGACUAAGGUCAUCCCCCGAACACACAGUAAUUCUGUUGAAAGUAUUUCCCUUUAUGAUUUUUGUAUUUAAUUCAAAGAACCAUCUUCAUGCGUUUCAUGUUUAGUUCUUCUCCUUUGAGUUUUACGACCUAAGUCUCUUUUUAAGCUAACUAUUAAUUUAUUAAUUAGUUUGUAAGCGCAAAAAUAAUUAAAAUAAAUCUAAACGAAAUAACUGCAAACAACCUAUAUUAAAAUAAAGGAAAAAAUAAAAUUAUACUGAAAACCAAAA